CUGGUGAGUGUUGCAAAAGCUGCGGCAGAGUCAGAGCUAAGACAGGGUGAGGUGCAGUGCCCCCUGCCCUCACCAUGGCCAUGAGGGAGCUCGUGGAGCCUGAGUGUGGGGGCUCUAACCCCCUUAUGAAGCUGGCUGGCCACUUUACCCAGGACAAGGCCCUGCGGCAGGAGGGGCUCCGAGGUCCCUCGGCCUGGCCCCCUGCAGGUCUUGGAGCAGAGGCAGUGUCCAAACCUUUGGGAGUGGCCUCUGAAGAUGAGCUGGCUGCAGAAUUCCUACAAGAGCAGAAUGCCCCCCUGCUCUCCCGUGCCCCACAGACCUUUAAAAUGGAUGAUCUGCUGGCUGAGAUGCAGGAGAUUGAGCAGUCAAGCUUCCGCCAAGCCCCACAGCGAGCUCCAGGUGUGGCAGCCCUGGCUCUAUCUGAGAACUGGGCCCAGGAAUUUCUGGGAGCUGCGGAUACUACAACUGACGUCUUCCCAGAUUACAAUGAGGCUGACUGGUCGCAGGAGUUCAUUGCGGAGACCCUCUGUCUGUAUCUCCUGCCAAGUGGGCAGAAGAAUAUCUGGAGCAGUCAGAGGAGAAGCUGUGGCUGGGGGAAACAGAAGACCAGUCACUGGCAGAUAAGUGUGGAACAGCUUCAACAGGAGAGUCUGCUGGAGGCCCACAUCAGAAUAUCCCUGAGAAGACUUGAACAGGGGUCUCCCACCUUUCUCCCACUCAGGCAGAGAGGGGGAAUUGAAUCUGGUCUUCCACAUCCCAGGUAUGAGGAAUAUCAACCUGAGGAUGAUCUUAAGAAAACUGCCAACGAUUUCCUUUCUAAAGUGGAUGACCCCAAACUCAACAAUUCUGAGUUCCUAAAGUUUGUCCGCCAGAUCGGAGACGGGAGGGUGUCGAUUGAGGCUAAUCAGGUGACCCUGACCCCCAGAGACCAGGAUCAGGCAGAGCAGUGGACAGCUGAGUUUAUACAGCAGCAGGGGGUAUCAGAUGCCUGGGUGGAUCAGUUCACCCGAACUGGGAAUGCAUCCACUCUGGAUACAGAAUUUGAGCAAGCCAAGACUGCUGUGGAGUCAGAUGUGGAUUUCUGGGACAAGCUUCAGGCAGAGUGGGAGGAGAUGGCCAAGCGAGAUGCAGAGGCUCACCCCUGGCUCUCAGAUUAUGAGGAUCUCCGUACCUCCUCCUAUGACAAGGGUUAUCUCUUUGAGAAAGACAAUCCCAUGAGGGAUCAUCCACAGGCAUUUGAUGAGGGUCUGAAGUGCCUGGAGAAGGGUGACCUCCCCAAUGCUGUCCUGCUCUUUGAGGCUGCGGUGCAGCAGAAACCUGACCACGUGGAGGUGAGCGGAGCAAGGAGAGCAGGUCUGCUCCAGGCCUGGCAGUACCUGGGAACCACCCAAGCAGAGAAUGAACAAGAGCUGUCUGCAAUCAGUGCUCUCAGGCAGUGCCUGGCGCUGCAGCCAGGGAACGUCACUGCACUCAUGGCUUUGGCCGUCAGCUUCACCAAUGAGUCUCUGCAGAAGCAGGCAUGCGAAACCCUGCGUGACUGGCUGCGCCACAAGCCAGCCUAUGCCCACCUGGUGGGGAAGGACCCGGAAGGAAGCAGCUUGGCAUCCAGCUUGGGAUCCUCCAAGCGCAUCCUGGGUUCCCUACUGUCUGACUCCCUGUUCAUGGAGGUGAAGGACCUGUUCCUGGCAGCCGUGCGCAGUGCUCCCUCGGCCGUAGACCCCGAUGUGCAGUGCGGCCUGGGCGUCCUCUUCAACCUGAGCGGCGAGUACAAGAAGGCCGUGGACUGCUUCAGUGCCGCAUUGAGCGUGCGCCCCAACGAUCACCUCCUGUGGAACAAGCUGGGUGCCACUCUGGCCAACGGGAAUCGCAGUGAGGAGGCUGUGGCCGCCUAUCGUCGGGCACUGGAGCUGCAACCAGGCUACAUCCGCUCCCGCUACAACCUGGGCAUCAGCUGCAUCAACCUGGGGGCCCAUCGUGAAGCAGUGGAGCACUUCCUGGAGGCCCUGCACAUGCAGCAGAAGAGCCGGGGCCCACGGGGCCAACAAGGUGCCAUGUCUGACAACAUCUGGAGCACCCUCCGCAUGGCCCUCUCCAUGCUGGGCCAGAGUGAUCUGUAUGGGGCAGCCGAUGCCCAUGACCUUCCCACCCUGCUCCAGGCCUUUGGCCUCCAGCAGUGACUUGAGGAUGGGCUCCCCUGUGAAUGCAGGGUGGGCCCAGGCCAGUAGUUAUGUCCCACAAGCCCCUUCUGGGGGGGGCGGAGGGAAAGCUUUACUGGGGUUCACACACCUCCUUUUCAAAUCUGCCCUUCAGUUGCUGGGGGCAAGUCAUUGGCUGCCAUUUCUCUAGGACCUCCCAUGGUAGAGGUAACUUCUCACCUGUGUCUUGUGGCCUGAACAUCGGUGAGCGGCCCAUGUGGCACCAACUCCCCAAGGGAUUCUGACCCUCCACGGGAAGAGCUGCUGGCACUGGGAAGCAAAUCAGUGGGGGGUGGAAGGGAUGGGGAAAUAGGAACGUAUCAAGAUCACUUCUUAUAAGAUAAAAUAACAAGUUUGCAUUUGUGAUACCCUCAUGUCAGACCCUGCCAUAACUAUGCUGUGCAGCUGAGACUGCCCGCUCAAACAACUGGCUCUGAGCAUGCUGGUUAGGUGUAGGAUUGCUUUCUAGUGCUGGGGCUGCCCAUCCUGGUUUGCUGUGGGGUCUGAGUGUGCUGGGGCUACUAACCCUGGGACUUUCCCAGCUGAGCAUGCAGACCCACCCCCACCACGUGUGUGCAGAGGGUGGGUCACUUUGUGAGGCUUGUAGUUUUGUUUUGUUCCCCCCCCCCCCCCCUUCCAUGUGCUAGUAACAGUGUCCUGGUUCUGAGUGUGUCUCACUGGGCUCACUCUCACUUGGGAUUUGUGAGGAGGCUCUGAGACUGCAGUGAGAAGAGUCCCUGGGGCUGAGUUUGGGGGGUCACCCAGGAACUUGGGGGAAGCUGGCUAACUAUAAAAGCACCUUGGCCAAAAGCAGAGGUGGGGGUAAGGUCUUAAUUUUCACAUGAUUGUCCAUCAUUGUAAAAUAAAUUGGGAAUUAUUUUCUUUGUGUAGAUGGUCUCCUCCCCCCUCUCCCCCCCAGCCUGUAAUUGAAUCUUGUGAAUUAUAAAUAUCUGUAUAUGAUUUUGGAGGGAAAGGUGUUUUUUUUUUGUUUUUUUUUAAUUGUAAAAUAUUUUGUAUAAUAGAAGGGAAAAAAUUAAACUUGUCAAUAUUGUA